AGAAGCGACGCCCAGUAGGCGAGGCGCGCUGGAGAAGCCGCCUUCUUCUUGCUUCCUUUCCUGCCUCGUUCUCUCCUUCCUGGAUCCGUGGAAGCCUUGGUUCUUGUGGGCCCUUCUUCGUCGUCCUUUGGGCUUCCUUUUGCCCCCUUCCUCGGCCUUCUUACCCCACCGGGGUGCGCUGUGGGUCCGGCCAAAGAGGGUCCCCCCAGGACCUCUCCAAAGCGCGACUCCUUCUUUUGCGCCCUGGGCUGCUUUGCGCGACUCUUUUGCGCCUUGGCUCUCUCUCUCUCUCUCCAUGGAGGAGCCUCUCUCUCCGGCGGUUGGCUGGCCCUGGUUGUCCCUGGCCCUGCUGGUGGGCUUGCCGGGGGUCCUGGCCCUCAGCCCCCGCCUCCGCUUCCGCUUCAAAGUGGGCUUCUAUUGCGUCCUCUGCCUGGUUUGCUCCGCGCUCACCGCCCCGGCUUGCCUCGCCUGGAACCGAGGGCGCACCGUCCACAACAUGACGAUCAUCAAGAACGUUGUCCGGAGCUUCAAGUACUUCUACGGCCUCAGGUUCGAGACCAAAGGUUUGGAGCAUUUUGAGAUCGAAGGGCCGUGCGUCAUUGUCUCGAACCAUCAAAGCAUCCUCGAUAUGAUGGGCUUGAUGGAGAUCCUCCCCGAGCGCUGCGUCCAGAUCGGGAAACGGGAGCUUCUCUACUUCGGGUCGGUGGGCCUGAUCAUGUGGCUCGGAGGGGUCAUUUUCAUCAACCGGAAAAGCACCAGCAACGCCAAAUCCGUCAUGGCCGAGGUCGGGCAGGCCAUGGUGAUGGACAACGUCAAGGUGUGGAUCUACCCAGAGGGCACCCGGAACGGCAACGGAGACCUUCUGCCAUUCAAGAAGGGAGCGUUUCACCUUGCCAUCCAGACACAGGUUCCCAUCGUCCCCGUGGUCUACUCGUCCUUUUCUUCGUUCUACAACCCCGCAAAGAACCUCUUCACAUCAGGCAAAAUCCGGGUGGAGGUCCUGCCGGCCAUUCCCACCAAAGGCCUGGGCCCCUCCGACGUGGACGAUCUCACUAGCCAGUGCUACGACACCAUGCGGGAGACGUUGUUCCGGCUGUCCGGACGGCCCGGCGAAGCCAACGGAGGAGCGCCGCCCCGGGUUCCCCAGUGACGCGGACCACGAAAGGUGGCAACCCUCCCACAGUUGAAAGGACCUUUCGUUUUCCCUCUCUGUCUCCCAUCCGUGGCCAAAAACUUGUUUAAUGAGGUCACGGAGGGGAAAGAAAGGGGCCGAAAACCCCAAAUCGGGGUUCUCCGUUUCCAUUCUCCCACGAAAUAAUCCCUGUCUUCACCUUUAUUUUUCCAGCAAAUAAUACCAAAGAGGGAGGCUGCCGUGACUCUUGAUAUAGCUUCUCCGGGCUUUUGUUAUUUUGUGGAAUGAAAGCACUGCCAGGGUUUCCAGACCGAGACAAACGUUCCCACUCCGGAUACUAAACAUGGAAGAAGAUCGAGUCUCCGGUCUCUCCAAAUUCCUGAUUUGCACUGUUUAUACGAGUCUUCGAUCUACUUUUUUUUUUUGGACUGGAUUGGGACCUUUACUUGUCACAUUCUGGAGGGUUUUUAUCACUGGGAUGUAUUAUUUUCCAAUUGAAUCGGGACGUAUUUCUAACCGUGACAUUCACAGAUUGGGUCUCAAAAAUGAAAUGGGUCUUAUUUUGUGUCUGAAGACUCAGGAUUUGUAUUUUGGGCAUCUUUAUUAAUAGUUUCAGACACGGUUUGCGGUUGUACAUUGGCAGGAAAAUUUGGAGUUGGCUUUAUGGCAAUACCGGGAUCAAUGAUUGUGGAUUUUUUUGGGAUAUAAAAGGUUGUAAAGGGGAAGAUUAAGUUUAAAACGGGCAUCUUUCUUUGGUAUCCGAUGCCUCAAUUGUAAUAUUUGUUCAAAACUUUUUUUUUGGGAUAAGUUGCAAUGCCUAGAAUUCAAGGAAAAAGUGGGGAUCAUUAUUAUCCAAAAAAGGGAACCAUUUGUUAUUUAUCAUUUCUAGAAGAGAAAGGACACAUUUAGGGGUGUUUAUGAGCAUUUCUUGCCCAUCGAAAAUGGCAAAUAAAACUAUAUUUAUUUUGGCACUUAGGAUUUGGAACGAACCCCUUUUUUUUUUGCAUUAUUUCAGGGAUUUAAAAAUGCCAGAGCUUUGUAUUUUGUUCAUUUUGGCAAGUUUUCCCCCUUUGAACCGGACCAAACUGUAACUUCGAUUCUUUUUAGGGCUCUUUAGGAUUUUGUUUUUGACUCUAGGCGAGGGUUUAAACGCACAGAAACGUGCCGAAGAAGUGCCUUUUGUUCCGAAAUACGUCGGGGUUUGUGUCCAGAAAUGUGUGAGUGGGUUUGAUUUUUAUAAAGCAGAUUUAUUUAAGGAGGAAACCUUGGUCUUGGUGUGUUUUCUUGCGCCAGAAGGCUCUCACUUUUUUUCUUCCCUUGAAAACCUUUGACUCCGGUUUGCCAUCUCCGCUGCCGUCCGAUUGGGAGGCCGAGUUGCAAAAACUCCAAAUCAGAAGAGAAAGAAUCAAUCGGUGAAUUUCCUUUUCUUAUAUAUUUUACGACAUCAGCGUUCGUUCUUGCAGGAACCUGAAAGGGAAGAAAAGAUGCCAAGAUUUAUUUAUUUAUGACAUUUAUAUCCCGCCCUACAAACUGUAAUAUAAGAUAUGACUGUUCAACUCUGAUUAAAUCAUUAUUUUCAUCUUC